CUCUCUCUUCCUUUGAUUUUCCAAACAAAAACCUUUGUUUCAGAAUCAAAAUAGACACAAGUAAACGGCUAAAAAGAAAAGAAAAAAAGAACGUUAACACACGACCACAACAAACAGGAAACAAAAACAAAGAAGAGAAAAAUCAACCAUUUAGAGAAUUUGAGUUCAAGAGAAAUUUUCAAAAAUAUUUAUUUAUUCCCUCUUCAUCAUCAAUGAAGUCUUGUGGGUUACGUUGUAUGUUUAUUCUCCUGUCGUUUCCAUACCUCCUUCAAGCCGACCUCUCGUCUGAUUACUACAGCAAAACAUGCCCUGACUUCGACCAAACCCUCGUCCAAGUCGUCACCGACAAACAGAUCGCUGCUCCCACCACAGCCGCAGGAACACUCCGUCUCUUUUUCCACGACUGCAUGGUCGACGGCUGCGACGCCUCGAUCCUCGUCGCUUCUACUUCCCGUAAAACCUCGGAACGAGACGCCGACAUCAACCACUCCCUCCCCGGAGACGCAUACGACCUAAUCACCCGAAUCAAAACCGCCCUCGAGCUAAAAUGCCCCAGCGUAGUUUCCUGCUCCGACAUCCUCGUGGGAGCGACGCGCAGCCUCGUCACAAUGGUCGGAGGUCCAAGAAUCAACGUCAGAUACGGACGCAAAGACAGUCUCGACUCCGAUAUGAACCGCGUCGAAGGAAAGCUAGCUCGCCCCAACAUGACGAUGGACCACAUCAUCUCCAUCUUCGGCUCGGCUGGUCUGACCGUUCAGGAGAUGGUGGCUCUCGUCGGAUCGCACACGAUCGGCUUCUCCCACUGCAAAGAGUUCGCGAGCCGCAUCUUCAACAGCAACUCCGAGCACAGCGCUGACUUUUGCCCCGAAGGGAUGAACGCGAAAUACGCGGCGGAGCUGAGGAAGCUCUGCGCGAACUACACCAAGGACGCGGAGAUGUCUGCGUUUAAUGACGUUUUUACCCCCGGGAAGUUUGAUAACAUGUAUUACAAGAACUUGCAACACGGUUACGGGCUGCUCGAGUCGGACCAGGCGAUUGCGUUUGAUAACAGGACGCGUCCGUUUGUUGAUCUCUACGCGGCGAACGAAACGGCGUUCUUCGACGCGUUUGCGAAGGCCAUGGAGAAGUUUAGCGAGCAGAGGGUGAAGACGGAGUUGAAUGGAGACGUUAGGAGGCGGUGCGACCAGUACAAUGACUACAGGGGGUAAAACUAUAAAAGUUACCUCUUUAAACACAUUCACACGUAACAAACAAACAAAAAAUCUGUCAUAUUAUUAUCAGUAGUUAUCACCACAAUGGUCAGUGAUUGUUGAGUUGUUACAUUUAUUGGUUGAAACUUGUAUCAAUCAAGGCAUAUGGUGGACAAAUCUUUUUCUUGAAAUUUUUUCGUGUCAAUGAGAGUGUUUUUUUCUUUGGUUUUUGUAUGUUGAUUUAUUUAUUAAUUCUAAUAUU